AUGGAGGUGGCAUCCACUGAGGAGUUAAAUGUAAGAGAUCGUUCAAUAGUCAAGUUGGGUCAACUUGAAGCUGGAGGCCAAGGUGAAUUGGCAGAGAGGGAAGCAGUGGUCAAGUCUUCUCAAUGGUUCAAGGAGGCCAGGAAGAUAGUGAUCAGUUCGUUAGAUUGGGAAGAGGAUGAGGGAUUGGAAAAUGCAGUUCAAUUCUCACCGGAAAAAAUUAGGGAUCUUCAUAAGCCUUGGGAGCUAACUCUAAUUGGAAAAUGUCUUGGUAUCAAAGUGAGAACCGAGUUCAUUGCGCAAAGAGUUCAGAGAAUGUGGAACCCAAAGGAGGACUUGGAAACCAUAGAAAUUGAAAAAGGAGCAUAUCUUUUCAGAUUUAGCUUACAAGAUGAUCUUGAGAAAGCUCUUUUUGGUGGUCCUUGGUUCGUGUUGGAUCACUGCUUAAUGUUAGCUAAAUGGAGGCCAACUUUCAGACCUUCUACAAAAAGCUUCAUCAAUAUGGCGGUCAGGAAUAGGUUUUCGAAACUCCCAGUGGAGUAUUAUGAGAAGGAAGCGUUGUAUAAGAUAGCAGAAGUAGUGGGAAAGCCAGUUCGCGUUGACUACUCAACUGAUAAUAUUAGCAAGUGUAGGUAUGCUCGGGUUUGCAUUGAGAUCGAACUAAACAACCCUCUUAUCACCAAGGCCUGGGUGGGGAAAGCAUGGCAGAGGGUUGAGUAUGAAAAAAAUUCAUAUGCUCUGUUUUACCUGUGGUCGAGUAGGACAUGUCAAGGAACUCUGUACCGAAAGGAAGGAUACGGGAGAAUCAGGUAUAGAAAGCAGUAA